AAAAGAAAGAAGGAAAAAAAGAAGAGGGUAAUGAUGAUUUCAAACCAAUCUUAUUGCUUUUCUGGCAUUUUUACCUUGUAUUCCUUCUUCUUCUUGGUUUCCCUCGUUCUACACACUCUUGCUUCUCCCAUGCUCCACUAUUGCCGUCAUGACCAGAGGGAUGCUCUCCUGGAGUUCAAACACGAGUUUCUGGUAAUUAAAUCUUAUUACUCUUUGGAACAUCCAUCUAUAAGUUUAUGGAACAAGAGCACUGAUUGCUGUUUUUGGGAGGAUGUCACGUGUGAUACUAAAUCUGGCGAGGUUAUUUCACUUAACCUUAGUCGCAUCUCUCUCAACAACUCUUUGAAACCAGAUAGUGGUCUUUUCAAACUCCAUCAUCUUCGUAACCUAAGUCUUAGUUUUUGCCAUCUCUAUGGAGAGAUUCCUUCUUCGUUAGGAAACCUUUCUCAUCUCACACAUCUUGACCUUUGGGGAAAUCAUUUAGUAGGUGAAGUUCUGCCUUUAGUCGGAAACCUAACCCAACUAAGAUACCUGAGCCUUGGCAGUAACGAGUUCAGUGGGAACAUUCCUGUUUCAUUUGCCAACUUAAUGAAACUGUCCUAUUUAGACAUCUCAGGCAACCAGUUCACGUGUGUGGAUUUCCCUCUUAUACUAGAAAAUUUAACCACUUUGUCCUUCUUAGGCAUUGCCGAUAAUCAGUUUGAAUCCACGCUUCCACGUGACAUGAGUAGAUUCCACAAAUUGGAGGACUUUGAUGUGAGUGGAAACUCAUUUUCCGGGCCUUUUCCUACAUCCUUGUUCAUGAUUCCUUCGUUAAGAGGGGUUAGUUUGAGUGGAAACCAGUUCAAGGGACCUAUAGAGUUUAGUAAUACAUCUUCGUCCUCUAAGCUUUCGGAGCUAGACCUUUCACAAAACAGAUUCCAUGGCCUUAUCCCCAAAUCCAUAUCAAAUUUUCCCAAUCUUGAAAGUUUACGUCUUGGUAGCAACAAUUUCACUGGGUCAAUCCCCACAUCUAUAUCCAAGUUAGUCAACCUCGUUAGUCUCAAUCUUAGCCACAACAAUUUAGUUGGACCAAGCCCCACAUCCAUAUCAAAGUUAGUCAACCUCGAAACUCUCCAUCUUAGCCACAACAACUUCACUGGGUCAAUCCCCACAUCCAUAUCAAAGUUAGUCAACCUCAGUGAUUUCGAUCUUAGCCACAACAAUUUCAUUGGGCCAAUCCCUAGGUUAAAUUUACCAAAACUCCAGCAUCUGGAUAUUUCCAACAAUAAUUUGGAAGGUGAAAUACCUGGUUAUUUAGCGGGCCUGGGGACGUUGUUUCUUUCUGGCAACUCUUUUAGCGGUUUUGACAAAUCAUUUGAAGUUUCCGAUUUAACACGAACCCAGGGGUUGGAUGUGAGUUCAAAUUCUUUCCGAGGACCAUUACCCUCUUGGAUCUGCAAGCUUGUAUCGAUAGAAGUCUUAGAUUUGUCCAGCAAUAGCUUCAACGGUUCUAUCCCUCAAUGUUUGAAGGAUAGUUUUACUGGUCUCAUAGAGCUAAAUUUGCGUAACAACACUUUCAGUGGGAUUCUUCCUCCAAAGAUAUUUGGCCGUGCUUUCAACUUACUGUUAGUUGACGUCAGCGAUAACCAAUUGGAGGGAAAACUUCCAGAAUCAUUGAUCAACUGCUAUUUUUUGCAACUUUUGAUUGUGAGAGGCAACCGAUUCGAGGACAAGUUUCCAUCUUGGUUGAGUUCUUUGCCCUCGUUACAUGUCAUGAUCCUACGAUCAAACAAAUUCUACGGGCGGUUGUAUGAUCGCAACGAGUCCAUUGGGUUUCAAAGUUUAAAAGUCAUGGAUAUUUCACAUAACGACUUCACUGGAACUUUGCCACCUUUCUAUUUCUCCAACUUGCGUGCUAUGACCACAUCAUCCGAAGAAGUUGGUGUCUUGUACAUGGAAGAUCAGUUGUAUUAUCAUGAUCCCCGUUAUCGUGAUCGCCACCGUAAUUGGAUGGAAAUGGUGAAUAAAGGUGUCGAUACGGAAUUUGAGCAGAUCCUAAACGAUUUCAGAGCUGUUGACUUUUCGGGAAACAAUUUUGUUGGAGAGAUCCCAAAAUCCAUUGGAUUGCUCAAGGAAUUGCGUCUUCUCAACUUGUCAGGUAACGCAUUCACAAGCAGUAUACCUCAAUCGCUGGCAAAUUUGAAAAAUCUCGAGGCACUUGACCUAUCUCGGAAUCAGCUAUCAGGUCAGAUUCCUCCAGAUCUUGGCAGGCUCUCCUUUCUGUCGACUAUGAACUUCUCCCACAACAAUCAGGAAGGUCCUAUACCACGAGGCACACAAUUUCAAAGGCAGAAUUGUUCUGCAUUCAUGGACAACCCUAGACUCUACGGUCUCCAAGAUAUAUGCGGACAAACUCAUGUCCUUGAUCCUAAACCACAAGAACCCGAGGAUUUGUCGGAGCCAGAAGAACAACAAGUGAUUAGUUGGAUAGCAGCGGCUAUAGCCUAUGGACCUGGUGUGUUCUGCGGAUUUGUGAUUGGACAUAUCUUCUUCACCCAGUGAUUGGACAUAUCUUCUUCACCCAAAAACACGAGUGGUUUAUGGAAAUGUUCCGUCGAAACAAUCCCAGAAGAAGCGCCUGUUGAACACCUUCUCUUGUAGUUUAUUGUAAGUGUUUGUAAAGCAUGUGUAUGUGUGUGUUCUCCAAAUGUAGUUUUCUAUUUCAUGAUUUUGUAAUAAACGUUUUUUUGGUGGUA